AUGGCAGUGGCAGCGUCCCGCCGCGAGGACCGUGAUCGGAAUCAGCCAGUGGUGCUUGUGACUGGGUGCUCGGAGGGCGGCAUCGGCCACGCGAUGGCGCGCGCCUUCGCGGCGGCCGGGUGCGCUGUCGUGGCCACGGCGCGGUCACGCGGUUCCAUGCGCGACCUCGACGGCGACCCGCGGUUCCUGCUGCUGGAGCUCGACGUGCGGUCCGACGAGAGCGCGCGCGCCGCCGUGGCGGACGCGCUGCGGGAGCACGGCCGCGUCGACGUGCUCGUCAACAACGCCGGGAUCCACCUCGUCGCGCCACUCGCCGAGGUGCCCAUGGAGUCCUUCCACCAGGUUUUCGACACCAAUGUCUAUGGUGCAAUGAGGUUGAUUCAAGCUGUUAUUCCUCACAUGAUGGAGAGAAGGAAAGGUACAAUUGUGAAUGUUGGAAGUAUUACCGCUUUGGCACCUGGACCAUGGGCUGGUGUGUAUUCAGCAUCCAAAGCUGCUCUUCAUGCAUUGAGUGACUCACUAAGGGUUGAACUAAAAAGCUUCGGCAUAAAUGUCAUGACUGUCGCCCCUGGAGGGACAAACUCAAAUCUUGGGAAUUCCUCUGCAGCCAAGUAUGAUCAGAUGCAUGAGUGGAAGUACUACAAGAAAUACGAGGAAGGGCUCCGAGCCAGGACCGACAUUUCCCAGGGCCCCAGGUCUACUCCAGCAGAAGAGCUUGCAAAGAAGGUGGUUGCAUCGGUUCUAAAGAAGAAUCCUCCAGCUUGGUUCGCUUACGGCCAGUUCUCAGCUAUUCUGUCCAUUUUGUAUUAUGCACCACUAUGGUUUAGAGAUUACUUCUAUAGGCUUGUCAUGAAAUGUUAG